CUGUUUAAAAAUCUUUUUUUUUAAUCGGGAUCGGAAAAUUCCGUUUGUAUAGUCGAUAAAUGUAAACAAACUUCGUUAUUGCUGAGUAGCUUAUUGCUGAGUAGCUUGACUUUGGUCUCUGCAAGACCACAAUCCAUAUCAGAGGACCAUAAAGUCUAAAAUGUCGAAAAAGAAAAUAAGUCUGACUAGAUUAAAGACUGUCGCUGAAAAAGGUGGCGAGAGGAAACCCAAACAAAUCACAAUUUCAAAGUUCUUCUCGGCUCCCAAGUCGCCUGUCGUUGCGCAAGAGGAGAGAGGGGAUGCUCCUGUUGUCGUCGUUGUUGACGAUGAAUCACUAAAGAAACAAGAUACAGCGUGUAAAAAAGGAGGAAAGAAAAGAUUAAAAGAAAAUGGCCAAGUAACACAUGAAAGCAAAAGAAAAUGUGUCCGCUCCAGUGAUAACCAACCUUCUACCUCAAAUGACCUACCUAUCUCAUCCAAGGAAGAAUUCAGUACGCAGGAUAAACACACCAGAUUGUCAGCCUCCACUCAAACCAAACUAGACAGGUUUCAGUCAGAUGAGGUCGUAGACUCUACAGAGAUCAGAGAUAUAACAUCCUAUGUCCCAAGGCAAUCUAUAGUUAACAUUAGUAUUGACAAUGAUCUGAAUGAAGUCGGUAAAAAUGCUGUUAUUCCUGUAAGUGACGAUGAUGAUGAACCUUCUACCUCAGAACCGGGUUUCAGUUUAAAGAAGUUUGCUGCCACUCAGAGCAAGCACAGUGGAAAGACCUCUGUCAAUAAAAGAACCAAGACCAAAUACACUCCCCUAGAGCAGCAGUAUAUAGAACUAAAGGAGAAGUACCCAGACACACUGCUGUUUGUGGAGUGUGGAUACAAGUACAGGUUCUUUGGGGAAGAUGCCGAGAAUGCUGCCCAUGUAUUAAAGAUCUACUGCCACCUGGACCAUAACUUCAUGACGGCCAGCAUCCCUGUCCAUCGCCUGUUUGUCCAUGUCAGGAGACUAGUAGCCGCGGGGUAUAAGGUGGGGGUAGUGAAGCAGAUGGAGACAGCGGCCCUGAAGGCCUGUGGGGACAACAAAAGUGGGCCGUUCACCCGACAACUAACAGCCAUGUACACCAAGUCUACCUUGUUUGGUCAAGAUGUGGACCCAGUUAAUUUCUCAGAGGAACUUCAAGGGGAGAUAAAUGUGGAGGAGAGCUGUAGCAGCGAGUACCUGAUGUGUGUGUAUGAUGUUCCUUGUGACCGGGACGUCAAGCACCAAACUAUAGGUAUCCUUGCUGUGCAGCCAUCGACGGGGGACGUAAUCUAUGACAGCUUUGAAGACUCGGAUCUCCGGAGUCAGCUGGAGACAAGAAUCCUCCACAUUCAGCCUGUGGAACUCCUCAGCAGUAAGACACUCUCUGAUGCCACCCAGAAACUAUUGUCAGACAUUGCAACGAUGAGAUCGACUGAUGAUGAUAGAUUACGACAAGAGUUUUGCGAUGAUGAGGUGUUUGAAUUCAGAUCAGCAUUUACAAGAGUGUCUGACUUUUACAAGAAGCAUGCGAAAGACCCCUCAGUGCUACAGCUAGUGAUCAAUCUUCCCUAUGCUGUCAUUAGCUGUCUAGCUGCUGUGCUGAAUUAUUUAGAAGAUUUUGGCCUUCAGAAGGCUUUACAGGACACAAGUAACUUCAGCCAGUUUUCUGAAAAGUCCAAGUAUCUUUAUCUGCCUGGGAACACGGUGAGAAAUCUGGAACUCUUCUCUAACCAGAACGAUGGCAAAGAGAAGAACUCUGUCUAUUGGUUGAUGAAUCAGACUGUGACAAAGUAUGGAAGCAGGAAACUCAAGGCCUGGCUAGCCUGCCCCUUAAAGGACAACAAAGAAAUUCUUCAGAGACAGGAAGCAGUGAAUACAAUACUAGACAAUUUCAACUGUAGUGUUUUAACCAAACUAAGGAGUGUCCUUGGAAAAUCACCAGACUUAGAGAGAGGACUUUGCUCAAUAUACCAUGAAAAGUGUAGUGUACAAGAAUUGUAUGCAGUCUGUAGGUCCCUAUCAGCAGCUCUAUGUGAAGUCGAGGCCAUGAAGAAAUGGUUGACGGAGAAUUCCUGCUCAUUAUUGCUUACUUUAUUCAGUGAAAUUCCAAUUCUACUCUCAGAUGUCAAGCAAUUUAAGGAAGCACUCAACGAAGCUGCUGUCAAAGCUAAUGAUAAGACCAAUAUUUUCACUAAUGAGGAAGAUUUCCCAGACAUUAGAAAGAGGAAGAAUCAGAUUGAGACUGUCAGGAGAGAAAUCGUUGAUCAUCGACGGGAAGUUAGAAUCGCGCUUCGUCAGCCAUCUCUGGAAUAUGUCACAGUAAUGGGAGUAGAGUAUCUUAUAGAAGUGAAGAAUGCCCACAUGAACCUGGUGCCCAAAGACUGGUUCAAAAUCAACAGCACAAAGGCUGUGGGCAGAUUUCACUCGCCGUUCAUUCAGGAGAAAGUGAAGGAACUGAGCCAGUUACAGGAACAGCUGGUGCUAGACUCCCAGGCAGCAUGGCUGUCAUUUUUACAACAGUUUAAUGAUGGAUUUAGGAGAUACAAAAAAGCAGUAGAUCAUCUGGCUUCCUUUGAUUGCUUGUUUUCCUUGGCUUCUGUGGCUAAGGGUCAAGGCUUCUGCAGGCCAGAACUGGUUGCUGAUGAUAUGUGUAUUGAGAUCAGACAAGGUAGACACCCUGUGAUCCAGCACCUGAUUGGAGAGGGGGGCCAGUACGUGGCCAAUGACACAGAUUUACAGGGUUCUGCAGAGAGAGUAAUGAUAAUCACAGGCCCCAACAUGGGAGGUAAAAGUUCCUACAUCAAACAAGUGGCCAUCAUCUGUAUCUUGGCUCAGAUAGGAUCCUAUGUACCAGCCGAAUCUGCUAGAUUAGGCAUCCUGGAUGCUGUUUUUACAAGGAUGGGGGCGGCUGAUGAGAUUUUCAGUGGGCGUAGCACCUUCAUGGUGGAACUUCAGGAGACGUCGGACAUUUUAUCUCAAGCCACCUCCCGCUCCCUGGUCAUUCUGGAUGAACUGGGCAGGGGAACCAGUACACAUGAUGGUGUGGCCAUCGCAUACGCCACUCUGGACUACUUUAUAUCAAAGAUUCAGAGUCUAACAUUAUUUGUUACACAUUAUCCUAUUUUGGCUGAGUAUGAAAAGCUUUACCCAACUAAUGUUGGAAACUUUCACAUGGGAUUCAUUGUCAAUGAAACUGAUACAUCAGCUAGUGAUGACCGGAAGCAGACCAUUACUUUCUUGUACCAACUGGUCCGAGGAAUGGCAGCUCGGAGUUAUGGAUUAAAUGUAGCCAGGCUUGCUGGUAUACAUCAUGACAUCAUCCAGGGAGCAGAGCUGUUGUCAUCACAGUUAGAAGAGAGGAUUCAGAAGAGAAGAUUUCAGUUAGAGGCCUUCCAGAACCUGAUGUCAACAACACGUGACCAGGAAUUGAUUGAAUAUACCAAGACAUUCAUUAAAUCUUAUGACGCAGCUGAUAGAAAUUAUCAAUGUUAGACUGAAUAAUGACACUGUGGU